GCAAAAAUGUUGAGGCUUUUCGCAAAAAAGAUAAUGAAAAAGAUAAGCAUAUCAAGGUUUUAGAAAAUAAGAUUAUUGAACUUACGAAGCAAUUAGAGCAAGAGACUAGCGAGCAUACUAUAACGCCCGAGAUUGAAGAAAAGUUAAAAAGAUACGAGCAAUGA